UCCUGGCGCCCGCCGGGCCGCGCUCGGGGCUGUCGCCGCCCGCCUCCAGCUCCGCCUGGAAGCUGGGAGCGGCGGCCGAGGCGGGCAACUUCCCCUCAAGUCUGUUCGGCGGCAGGGGGGCACUAUGCGACCCGGCUGAGCGCAGCCCGAGAGGGGCGGGCGGGGUGAGGAGCAGAAGCAGCAGCAGCCCCACGGUUGUAGCUAGAGUCGCCUGGCAGUCGCCCGCUUCAGCCCCGUGCCCUCCCUCGGCAGGGGCAGGAGCUGCCGCGGCCGUCCCAUGUCCCGCAAGGCCAGCGACAAUGUGGAGUACACGCUGCGGAGCCUGAGCAACCUGAUGGGCGAGAAGCGGCGGCGCCAGGCGGACGGCUCCGCUGCCUCGGGCGCGGCGGCGGGCGAGCGGAGCCUCAUCACCGCCGAGUCGUGCUCCAGCCUCAACAGCACCGCGUCGGGUGGCGAUCUGGAGAGGGCGGCGCGGAGGCAGUUCCAGCAGGAUGAGACCCCCGGUUUCGUCUAUGUGGUGUCGGUCUUCUCCGCCCUUGGGGGCUUCCUCUUCGGCUACGACACCGGCGUGGUGUCGGGCGCCCUUCUCCUCCUCAAGAGAGAGCUCAACCUGGACGCCCUCUGGCAGGAGCUGCUCGUCUCCAGCACGGUGGGCGCCGCCGCUCUCUCCGCCUUGGCCGGCGGCGUCCUCAACGGGCUAUGUGGUCGGCGGCCCUGCAUUCUGCUGGCCAGCGGCCUCUUCACGGCUGGGGCCGGCGUGCUGGCCGCCGCCCGCGACAAGGAGACCCUGCUGGGGGGACGCGUGGUGGUGGGGCUGGGCAUCGGUGUAGCAUCUAUGACUGUGCCAGUGUACAUCGCAGAAGUUGCUCCACCCCACCUAAGAGGCAGAUUAGUCACGAUUAACACUCUGUUCAUCACUGGAGGGCAGUUUUUUGCAAGCGUUGUUGAUGGAAUCUUCAGCUACCUCUCGAAGGAUGGAUGGAGGUACAUGCUGGGCCUGUCUGCUGUUCCAGCAGUUAUACAGUUUCUCGGAUUCCUCUUUCUUCCUGAAAGUCCCCGCUGGCUCAUUCAGAAAGGCCAGACUCAGAGAGCACGAAGAAUUCUGUCUCAAAUGCGUGGCAACCAGGCAAUUGAUGAGGAGUAUGACAGUAUCAAAAACAAUAUUGAAGAAGAAGAAAAAGAAGUUGGAGCAGCUGGACCUGUGAUCUGCAGAAUGCUAACAUACCCUCCAACUCGAAGAGCCUUAAUUGUGGGUUGUGGUCUGCAGAUGUUUCAACAACUGUCAGGGAUUAACACCGUCAUGUACUACAGUGCUACCAUUUUGCAGAUGUCAGGAGUUGAAGAUGACAGGCUUGCAAUCUGGCUGGCUGCACUGACAGCGUUUAUCAACUUCAUUUUCACUCUUGUGGGAGUCUGGCUUGUUGAAAGAAUGGGUCGCCGGAAGCUGACACUCAGUAGCUUAACAGGUACUGCUGUAGCACUCAUUAUCCUAGCUUCGGGAUUUUUGCUAUCAGCUCAGGUCUCGCCAAGAAUCACACUUAAUCCACCAGAUCCUUCACAUCAAAACUCUACCUGCACAAAAUACAGUUAUUGCAAUGGAUGUAUGUUAGAUCCAGACUGUGGGCUCUGCUACAAAUUGAAUAAAUCUAGUGUUGUCGAGUCCUCAUGCGUUCUUGUUGAUAAAGAUUCUACAAUGAAAGCAGCUUGGGGCAGGUGUUCAAAUGAAACAGUAUUCAAAAAGGAAGAUUUGUUUUGGGCAUACAAUUUCUGUCCCACACCAUACUCUUGGACAGCACUUCUGGGCCUUAUUUUGUACUUGGUUUUCUUUGCACCUGGGAUGGGCCCCAUGCCCUGGACCAUCAAUUCUGAAAUUUACCCUCUUUGGGCUAGAAGUACAGGAAACGCAUGUUCCUCUGGAGUCAACUGGGUUUUCAAUGUGCUGGUGUCACUGACGUUUCUGCAUACAGCUCAAUACCUGACGUACUAUGGAGCCUUCUUCCUCUAUGCAGGAUUUGCUGCCUUGGGACUGGUUUUCAUCUAUGGCUGCCUUCCUGAGACUAAAGGGAAAAAACUGGAGGAAAUUGAAUCUUUGUUUGAGAACAGGCUGUGCACAUGUGGUAUGGCAGAUUCUGAUGAAGGGAGGUAUAUCGAGUAUAUUCGUGUGAAGGGAAGUAAUUACCAUCUUUCUGACAAUGAUGCUUCUGAUGUGGAAUAAUUUUCAGCUGCUGAUAUAUUUAAUCAUUUAAAAGCCUUCUGGAGGAAAAGCAGCUCUCUGAUGACCUCACUGCACUGCUUCUGGUCUGGUUCUCCUUUCUACUGUCUAUUUUUAAAUGCCUUCAUGUUCAAAAAUGCUCCUUUGGGGAGGAAAUUUAAUAUGCUAGUGUUUUCUUGAUGACAAAAAAAGCAAUGGCUUCCAAUAGAGAGAUUGAAUUCCACAGUUACCUGAGUUCAUCAAGUGUGCACAAUUCUGGACCGUCCGGAGGUAUUUAGUAAGGAGUACUGUACCAGAUCAAUAGAGAGGGCAAUCCUAGAUGAUAUGGGGUUGUCCUAGAUGAUAUGGGGUUGUCCUUAUCUUCAAUGAUGACAAAAAAUAAAAUAAUAGAGUAGCUAAUCAGAAAGCAGCCAACAUCUCUGGGAUCCCCAUCCCAUAGCAG